CUUGGGGAAAAGGUGAGAAAUGGAGCCGGAGUUUCUACGCUCGGUAGGGGUUAAGCUGGGACCCACACACACCCCCAAAACAUGCCCACGUGCAAGUCCCUCCCACCCGCCCUCCCAGGGGCGAAGAGACCCUGUCCCGGUGGAAGUGGGGAAACCCAGUCGGGUACAGAAAGCAGAGGCCAUGGCGCAGAGAGGAGUCGCGGCUUUCCGGGGCUCAGCCCUAGGGCUACGGACCCAGGCUGCGGAGAUGCUCGCGCCACCCACCCGAGCCAGGCAACCGAUGCUUCCAGGCGAGCUCCGCGGGGCCGAGGUGCCGGGAGAACCGGCUCCGGGCGCCCGCGCGCUGCCCGACCUGGGUAACCGGCAAAGUGGAGCCCCGGGGUCGAAGUCCUAAAGUUACUAAUCCCGCGCAGGGGGAGAGAGCGUGCCUCUGGCCGCCCGGGGCGGUCAUUUGAGGGUGUUUACUUAAAGACUUUGCAAGCACAGCGCGCGCGAAAUCGUCGGAUUUCCAGCAAGGCAGCAAAUAUUUGCAGGCAGGAGAAAGAAGCGGAGCCGAGCCGCGCCGCCGAGUCCCUCCCCCCUGAGCCCCGGCGCCGGCCUGGGCGGACCCGGCCUCGCAGUUAAAGACAGAAAAGAAACCGGGAAUCUGCGAGGCUGGGGGGCGGGGAGCGACACCAAAGGCCAGAAACUGCAGCACGGCCCGAGGCCCUGACGAGCCGGGCCUGGGGGAGGAGAAGUCCCUUCCCAUUCCAGCUCGAUCAAUCUUGCUGGGCUGCGAUCGGUCAAUAAAAACGGUGUGAAGCG